GGUGGCGCAAAUCAAUUGACAUUUUCGAGAUUCGCUUUGUCAUUGCAGAAACGCGUUCUAGAUUUUCUCUGUUUUUCUUUGAAAAUACAAUAUAUUCUGUGUUGAAAAGCAACCAUGGACUUUGGAAAUGAGUGGAUGAACGCCAAGCACAGCACUGGAACUACGAUCAUGGCUGUGGAGUUCAAGGAUGGUGUGGUGAUCGGGGCGGACUCCCGCACCAGUACUGGCACAUACGUGGCCAACAGAGUGACGGACAAACUGACCAAAAUCACCGACCACAUUUAUUGCUGUCGCAGUGGCUCCGCCGCCGAUACUCAAGCUAUCGCCGGAAUUGUGGCUUAUUCUCUGAACUACCACGAGAACCAGACUGGAGAGGAGCCCCUGGUGUCUGAGGCAGCGGCCGAGUUCAAGAAGUACUGCUACAACUACAGGGAUGAACUUGUGGCAGGCAUAAUUGUGGCUGGCUGGGAUAAGACACUCGGUGGACAGGUGUAUUCUAUCCCCUUGGGAGGCAUGUGCGUCCGCGACAAGGUGACCAUCGGCGGAUCCGGAAGCUCCUAUGUCUAUGGCUUCAUCAAGGAGUACUUCAAAGAGAACAUGUCCAAGGAGGAGUGCGUGAACUUCGUGAAGAAGACAGUGUUCCAUGCAAUGCAUCAUGACGGCAGUUCCGGAGGCGUUUGCCGCAUUGGAAUCAUCACGAAGGACGGCGUAGAGCGCCGGGUGUUCUUCGCGCCCCGCGAUGGAGUCCCCGCCGAGGCUCAACCCACUCCAAUGUCCGUCUCUGCGUAGAUUAGGGGUUUAUUUUGUAAUUUCACACCCAUUGAAUAAACUUGAAUUUAUCCCGCGAAAUUCCUUGGAAAUGUAUGUUUAGU